AUGCAACAAGAAGUACAAAUCUUUUGGGUGCUCUUUUUAUAUUUACAUACGCCGCAAACCAGUAUCACAACAAAUAAAGCUAUUUGGCUGGAGCUUGCAGGAGUACAAAAGAUGGAUAAAGGAAAGACUUUUAUGGAAACACCAAAUUACCGAUUUAG